GAAGAAACACCUUUGAUAUGCCUUGUAUGAAAGUCUGGAGUUGAGGCCUUGAGAUCCACAUCUUUACAAAAAUAAUCUUAUUAAGUGAUAAGGGGACUUUUGAUCACUUGACUAGACUGUGGAAUUAUACACGACUCAAAGGAUUUAGUUAAUCAAAUUUUUUUUGAUCAACUUGAAUCAAACUACAUGAUUCACACCUUACAAUGCUCGUCUCAAUGAGCUCCAUCAAAGCCCUAAAUCGAUUCCAACUUAAUCGAAAGGGUCAAGGAAGAACCCUAACAUCGAAAUUCAACCACAUGAAGGUCUCGGUGCGGAAAGGGGAUCCAAAUCCCGGGGAUUUGGUCCCUAUGGCAUAAAUCUACAUCUUCGCAACGAGGAAUUGCAAAGAGAAAAGAAAAAUUAACAUACCUGUGCGCGAAGUCUUCGAUGAAGCUAAUGAAAAGAAAAUACCAUAGGUAAAGUACACCAGAAUAUCAUGGCAUGCAAGACUUUAUCAUGAACAUGGCUUGAAGAAACAUAGUUAACUUGUGUUAGGGACCAUAUGAAUGAAGGUGGACUGGGGUGGAAGUGUCAAAUCAUAGUGGGUCUAGUGGAGCCAAGGCUUGGCUGGUUUAUUCUAGAAGGAGAAGAGCAUCAACUAUCACAUGAUUGGAUAUGAGGUGGCAGUAGAGAGAGAAUUGAUCUUAACCAAUUCUGUUAGGCUGUUUGCAUAAAGGAUUAGGAAUAGGUCACAAGAGGACACUUUUGGAGAAUCAUUGUGUAAUCAUGAGAAUGGAGAGCUACUAAGCACUCCAUAGGAGCUCAACUAUGUGGCAGUAGAUUCCUUGAUCUCUGUAAAUCUCUUCCAAUCAUUCAAUAAAGCAGCCUCUUCUUAUUAUUCCUCAUUCUAUUCUUUAUAUUAUUCUCAUUAUUUUUUAGAGAACCUAACAGUGGUCCGACCUACCGGAUCCGUAGAGGGGGCCAGUGAAGGAAAGCUUGGUUGAUGUCUAAGAAGAAAACCGUAGCAAACAUGGAGGCGAAGAUUGCAGAUCUGGAGCAAGAGUUAUCGUUGAUGAAGGUUGAUUUCUCUGAUUCCAUCGCUGAGGUUCAACAAACAGCGAGGGAGAAUCAAAGAGCGUUGAUACAGAUGAUGGAGAAGGUUCUGGAAAAGAAGGUGGUUGAAGCUGAAGAUGAUGCAUCAUUGGAAAAGGUUACGACAACCACAAAGUUGAAAGGUGAAGCUUUGGAUGAAUUUAGAAGGUCGGUUAAGAAGGUGGAGCUACCAGUGUUCUCCGGCGACGAUCCGGCCGGAUGGAUCUCUAGAGCAGAGGUCUAUUUUCAUGUUCAAGACACGAGUGCUACUGUGAAGGUGGGGCUGGCACAAUUGAGCAUGGAAGGACCAACAAUUCACUUCUUUAACUCUCUGUUGGAAGAAAACCGAGAUCUGACAUGGGAGGAGCUUCGAUCAGAGUUGAUGGAAAGGUAUGGAGGUUUAGGAGAGGGUGAUGUUUAUGAAAAGCUCACUGAAAUUCGUCAGAGAGGAACGAUGGAAGAAUAUAUUCAGGAAUUUGAACGUCUGACUUCUCAAAUUCCGAGGUUACCUGACAAACAAUUUUUAGGGUAUUUUCUGCACGAAUUAAGAGGUGAGAUCAGAGGUAGGGUACGGAGUUUCGUAGCUAUGGGGCCGAUAGCGAGAACGAAGUUGUUCCACGUCACAAGAGCAGUGGAAAGGGAAACGAGUGGUGGAUCGGGUUGGAUCCGAAACCCGAAACCAAGCGGUUCAAACAAGGCUAACUCGGGGCGAAAUGGAGGAACGGAUUGGGUUUUUGUGAAAGGAGGCCAGAACAGUGGGUUAAAUUAUGGAAAUGGGCCUAAAGGGCCCAAUAACCCACCAUGUGAUGACAAGCCAGUGACUGGAGAGAGAAAAAAAGGGGGUGCACGUGACAAAGGCUUUACUCACUUAUCCUAUCAAGAGCUCAUGAAUAGAAAACAAAAAGGUCUUUGUUAUAAAUGUGGGGGUCCCUUUCACCCCCUCCAUCAGUGUCCAGACAAACAACUACGUGUCAUGAUUUUGGAUGAUGAAGAUGGAGGAGAGGAGGAGGCCAAAUUGUUGGCAGUAGAGGUGGACGAAUCUGAAAAAGAGCGAGAUGGGGAGAUGAGUGUGAUGAACUUAUAUGAGAUGGAGGUUCCGAGACGUGAACGUCUACAAACUCUCAAGUUGCGAGCAACCAUUAAUGGUGUUCCGGUGGUGGUUCUGAUUGGCAGUGGAGCGACACACAAUUUCAUUGCGAAGCUGUUAGUGCAAAAACUGAGUUGGAGAGUCGAAACUACUCCAGAUUUCAUAAUCAAGUUGGGUGAUGGGUUUCAAACCACCACACGAGGAAAGUGUAAUCAUGUCUUAUUCAAAAUAGGGGAGGUGACUAGUGAAAUCGAAGCUUAUCUGUUUGAUUUAGAAGGAGUUGGUGUAGUGUUAGGCAUGGCGUGGCUGAAAUCGUUGGGGGAUAUGAUAGUUAAUUGGAAGAAGCAAACGAUGGAAUUUUGGCAUGAGGGAAAAUGGGUGAUGUUAAAGGGCAUAGAAGGAACAUCUGAAGCCAUUUCAGCACUACAAAGUAUAGUAGGUAAAGCUAGUAAGGGAUAUGGAAGGAAGUGGUGGUCCUUAGAUGCCACUUUGAACAACACAGAAACCCAGGUUUUACAAGAGACAGAUCACCCAGAAAUGAAAGAAAGGUUGAAGCAAUUUGAUGAUGUGUUUCAUGAGCCCAAGGGGCUGCCACCACGACGCUCACGUGACCACUCCAUUAACUUACUGCCAGGUCAAGGACCAGUGAGUGUGAGGCCCUAUAGGUACCCCCCAUCAUCAAAAAAAUGAAAUAGAGAGGCAAGUCAAAGAGAUGUUGGAGGCAGGAAUUAUUCAGUAGAGUAGCAGUGCAUUUUCUAGUCCAGUAAUAUUGGUGAAGAAGAAGGAUGGGUCGUGGCGGAUGUGUGUCGACUACCGUGCCAUUAAUAAAGUGACAGUACCAGAUAAAUUCCCAAUUCCAGUGAUCGAUGAGCUGCUUGACGAAUUGCAUGGUGCCCAAUAUUUCACUAAGCUUGAUUUGAAAUCCGUGUAUCACCAAGUGAGGGUGAAA